GCUCCCUGGAGCUGCCACGGAGCCGAUGUCCCCAGGCUGCGCCUUCGUCAAGUUCCAGAGCCACGCGGAGGCCCAGGCCGCCAUCGCCGCCCUGCACGGGAGCCGCACGCUGCCGGGUGCCUCGUCCAGCCUGGUGGUGAAGUUUGCGGACACGGAGAAGGAGCGGGGGCUGCGGAGGAUGCAGCAGGUGGCCACUCAGCUGGGCAUGUUCAGCCCCAUCGCCCUCCAGUUCGGAGCCUACAGCGCCUACACACAGGCGGUACGGGACACUGGGGACACUGGGGACACUGGGGACCCGGUGGUGACCUCGCUGUCCCCAGGAACCAGCACCCCCCCGGCCAUGGCGGCCACCCCCGUCCCGGCCAUCGCGGCCCCGCUGAGCGUCAACGGCUACAGCCCCGUGCCCGCGCAGCCCGCGGGACCCCCGGCCCCCGACGCCGUCUACGCCGGGGGGGUCCGGUUUUGGGGUCCCGGGUCUGGUUUUAGGGUCCUGGGUUUUGGGGUCCUGGGUGAGGUUUUGGGGUCCCGAGUGUGGGUUUGGGUUGACAGCCCCGGUUUUGGGGUCCCGUGUCCGUGUUGGGGACGCAGUCCCAGGUGUGACCCCGCUCCCUCCGCAGGCCCCGAGGGCUGUAACAUCUUCAUCUACCACCUGCCCCAGGAGUUCGCCGACACCGAGAUCCUGCAGAUGUUCCUCCCCUUCGGCAACGUCAUCUCCGCCAAGGUCUUCGUGGACAGGGCCACCAACCAGAGCAAGUGCUUCGGCUUCGUGAGCUUUGACAACCCCGCGAGCGCCCAGGCCGCCAUCCAGGCCAUGAACGGUUUCCAGAUCGGGAUGAAGCGGCUCAAGGUGCAGCUCAAGAGGCCCAAAGACGCCAACCGGCCCUACUGAGCCCGGUCCAGAGGCUCCGGAGCAGCACCUUUGGGUGCCCCCAUUGCAG